AUGAUAUUAUCAGUUGUUGCAAAGGUGGAAACCCAAUUAGCAAGUAAAAAUGAUUCAUUUGCAUCAAAACAUUGGCGAUUUGCAUAUUCUGAUGUCAUAAAAAUCACCAAGAACUUCGCAACAGUUCUUGGUAGAGGAGGAUUUGGAACAGUUUAUCACGGCUGCAUAGAUAAUAUUGAAGUAGCUGUGAAGAUGCUCUCUCCAUCAUCCGCCCAAGGUUACAAAGGAUUCCACGCAGAGCUUGAACUUCUGAUGAGAGUUCAUCAUAGGAAUUUGACUGCUCUCAUUGGCUACUGCAUUGAAGGCACCAAUAUGGGGCUUAUUUAUGAGUACAUGCCUAAGGGAACCUUGGAACAACAUUUGUCAGGUAAUAAAAAUCAAUAUUUCUUGAGCUGGGAAGAAAGAAUGCAAAUAGCAUUGGAUGCUGCCCAGGGCUUGGAGUAUCUGCACAAUGGUUGUAAGCCACCCAUGGUCCACAGAGAUGUGAAACCUUCGAACAUCUUAUUGAAUGAAAAGUUACAAGCCAAGAUAGCUGAUUUUGGCCUAUCCCGUGUAUUUUCAACUGAAAGUAGCACUAGUAUAUCAACCGUUGUUGCUGGCACCUCGGGAUACCUUGACCCAGGGUAAGUACUUAAGCAAUGGUUGAAUGAAAAGAGUGAUGUAUAUAGCUUCGGACUUGUUCUUUUGAAUAUAAUCACAGGCCAACCGGUGAUACUGAAAUCCUACGAAAAUACUCACAUAAGUGAGUGGGUAAAAUCCAAGCUUGCAAGGGGGGAUAUUGGAAAAAUAGUUGAUCCACGUAGGAAAGCUGUGGAACUAGCACUAGCUUCUGCUUCUCUCGCUUCCUCUAAGAGGCCAACCAUGAUUGAGGUAGUGAUGGGAUUGAACGAGUGCUUAGCAAUACAACUUGGCCAAAAUGAUUACGCCAAUGCCACAGUAAUUAACAGCACUCGUCUGGAUUCUGAAUUUACUCCCUUAGCAAGGUAG